UCUACCGUUUCCACCACCUGGCUCCGGCGAAAUGGAUGCCGUCAGUCGCCUGUGGCGAGGCUGCGCCGCGGUCUGGUCUCCCGCGAGGAUGUGGCUGUCGUUGGUGAUGGGCGCUAGGUUUUCGACCAGCCUGGCCCACCUGGGGCCGCCGAUGACGAGGGAUCCCGGUGGCCGGGGCGUGCACUGGGUGUUCUUGGGGUGUCCAGGCGUCGGGAAGGGAACCUACGCUAGCCGCCUCUCUCAGCUCCUCGGGGUGCCUCACAUUUCCACCGGUGAUCUCGUCCGCGAGGAACUCGCCUCCUCAGGGCCCCUUGCUCAGCAGCUUGCUGGAAUUGUAAAUCAUGGUCAAUUGGUAUCAGAUGAGAUUAUCAUGAGCUUGUUAAUUAAACGCCUUGAACAUGGAGCAACUAAGGCUGAAUCUGGAUCCAUUCUUGAUGGUUUCCCACGAACAAUAAGACAAGCGGAAAUACUAGAGGGAGUCACAGAAAUUGACCUGGUCAUCAAUCUUAAACUCAGAGAAGAUGCACUGCUUGCAAAGUGCCUUGGAAGAAGAAUUUGCAGCCACUGUGGAGGGAAUUAUAAUGUUGCAUCUGUCAACAUCAAGGGUGAGAACGGGAGGCCAGAUUUUAUUAUGGCUCCACUUCUACCCCCAGCAGAUUGCGCAUCAAAACUCGUAACUCGAGUAGAUGAUACUGAAGAGGUCGUGAAAGAGCGAUUGCAAAUAUAUAAUGAAAUGAGCAAACCAGUUGAGGAAUUCUACCGUGCAAGAGGGAAGCUCUUAGAGUUUGAUUUACCGGGAGGGAUCCCUGAAUCUUGGCCAAAGCUGUUGCAAGCACUGAAUCUUGUUGACCAUGACGACAAACAAUCAGCAUCAGCAUGAUUACACUUCAGCAUUUGGUCCUCCUUCUCAGGUGUAUAAUCAAUGUAUGUGUUAAUUAUACAACAAUUUUGUCUAUUAAGUCUCAAUCUAAGCUUGUAAUUUCAUGGAGAUUGUAAUUACAAUGGGAUAGCUACUGUCUCAGGCUGUAAUUACAUUGAGAUUGUAAUUUCAUGAAGAAUGGUUCCAAGU